UUUGGGUGACCUUACAAAUUUACAAAAAUCCCCUCUCUAUAACCAGUUUUUUAAAUUAUCUAUUCACAUACUAAUUUUAUCUCAUUCUGGUAAUAAUCAUGGUUCGUAUUAACAAAAAAUACGAUUCAUUACUUUCUCCUGUGAUUAUUGUUUUCUGUAUUUUAUUAAUCUGUGUUACUGCUUAUGAGAUACCUGACGCUGAAGUGAUAGUAUUUUCACCGAAAGGUUUCCAAGUUUCCAUUCCAGAUGAGGAAGGAAUAAAUCUGUUUGCAUUCCAUGGAAAAAUCAACGAAAAAUUCGUCGCCAGAGAAGCAGGAAAAUUUGCCAAGGAUAUUGUAAAACCUAAAAAAGGAAGAUGGAUAUACAAAGAUAAAAAUAUAAAAUUAAAAGUGGGAGAUAUAAUCUACUAUUGGACUUAUGUAAUCUAUGAUGACAACGGGAAUAAAUUGGGAUAUGCAAGGGACAACCAGAAAUUUGUAGUACAGGAAUUAUUGCCGAAAGACGGUGUGCCGACCUCUUCGACCAGUACUUCUAAAACUACUUCGGGAGAAGGUCAAUGUGUACUAAGUGCCACUCAAGUCGAUGGCAGAAACGCUUGUCAAAACGAACUUAUAUUCGAAGAAAAUUUCGACUCUUGGCGUCCAGACUUGUGGACAGUGGAACACAGGUUUGCCGGAGCUCCGGAUUAUGAAUUCGUUGUGUAUAAUUAUAAUCCCGUCUACGCAAAAGUGGAAAGUGGUGUCCUUUCGAUACUCCCAGUUCCUGUUGAGAUAGUGUUCUUUCAAUACUCCCAACACGGAAAGGAGUUCGUGACACUGCCGCAUGGGUUAGACUUGGGAGAUAAAUGCACGGGUGCUCACGGUACAACGGAGUGCUUUCAAAAACCAACAGCUUGGUUAAUUCUACCACCGGUACUUUCAGGGAGGAUGAACUCGAAAAAGAGCUUUUCAUUCACCUACGGCACCGUACAGAUAAGGGCUAAACUACCCAUGGGUGAUUGGAUAUAUCCACAGCUGUUUUUAAAUUCGAAGAGCGAAGAAUACGGCCGCCAUUACGACUCGGGUCAAAUCAACAUAGCUUUCGCAUCUGGAAAUCGAAAUUCUAACAGCGACUUGUCCGCCGGCUGUAUCCUAGGAGGUUCAGUGACAGCAAGGAACUACGGAACAAGAAGACUGCGUAAGGAACCGGGAUGGCGUAACGAGUUUCAUGUGUACGAAAUGAAAUGGACUCCCGAUGGAAUAAGUGUCAGUGUAGACGGAGAAAAUUACGGUAAUAUAUAUCCACCCCAGGGAGGAUUUGCACAGGAUGCGAACACCAUAGGUAUUGCAAGUGAGACGGCUGAAAGAUGGAGAAGUGGAUCUAAAAUGGCCCCAUUUGAUAAAGAGAUGUAUUUGGUGAUUGGGGUUGGGGUAGGAGGCUUGUGCUUCCCGGAUUCUGAUACCAAGCCGUGGAAGAACAACGACCCGAAAAAUCAGAGGAACUUUUACAAGGCAAUGGAUCAAUGGUAUUCCACCUGGGGCAAUGAUUCCGCACUGAUUGUUGACUAUAUUAAAAUAUUUGCUGUAUAAAAAGCUUUUUUAAUUUAAAACUUUUAGUAAAUAAAUCAUAAACGAUC